CAACAUGGUAGGUGUGUAGAUAUAUAUCUAGUAGCUGUUUUGUAACAACUAUACAUUUUAAAAAGCAGUACACGCGGUUAUCCGGCCAGCACUGCGCUGUCGUUCAAACCAAAACCAACCAUGAAUCCAUCGCACCGGGUCUCCAGUCUGCUUCACAGACUAUAAUAUCAUGCUGGCGUAACAUUGCACUACUGAAUCAUAGCUUAAUGACUGUCUCCAACCCAUCGAUAACGACAUUCGCUGACCACGUACUACUUCAUCUGUUGAUUCCAGGCAAGAAGUCAGCGACUCCUCUCAUACUGGCCGAGUCUACGUACCGUCGGCGCGUUCGGCCGGCGGCAAUGGCGUCGUCUCCUCCGUACCGGUUCCCCGCACUCUGCGAGGAGGAGCCGACGCGACGCUCCGCCAGGCAGUCAUGCGGGACAUGCGGCGCGUCGGCGGUGGCCAACUGCGUGGCACUGUGCUGCUGCCCGUGCGCCGUGGUGAGCUGCUUCACGCUGGCGCUCGUCAAGGCGCCCUACAUGGCGGGCCGGCGAUGGGUCAGGCGCGCCAAGACGCGGCGUAUCAGCAGGGGCGUGCUGCGGAAGACGAGGCGCGUCCGGAGCCUGGACGACCAGCUGUACCAGGUGGAGGGGCUGGGCGGCGGUGGCGCCGCCGCGCAGGCGAGCAAGGAGGAGGACUGGGGCGGGCUGGGCAGGGCUGCCGCCUCGGGCUGGUGGGAGAACACCAACGAUGUAAAUUUGCUCGGGGAUGGCAGGAUGAGGGUGAGCGUGACGGAGAAGGCGUGGAUGGAGAUGUACGACGUCGGCCUCUGGGGCUUCGGCCGGCUGUCCUUCUCGCUCGCCAGAGACGCCGCGCCCUCGCCCGCCGCGCAGGUGGUCAGAGACGACCCACAGCCCCAGGAGGAUGGCACUGUUGCUCCCGGGCGGUGACAGAGUUUGUGCGGCAUGCCACGCCUUGGCUAAUUGUUUUGUGCUACAAACUUUGUUGCACGCGGUGAGAUUGUGUGUGGUUUGUACGGAAAUACGGAAUGGACAGCUUGUUGGUGAUCGACAAGCACCGCUGUU